AUGACCAACGUCUUCGGUGUUCAGGUCUUCUUCAUCGUCUUCCGAGAAUGCCUCGAGGCUGUCAUCAUCAUCUCGGUGCUGCUGUCCUUCUUGAAGCAGAGUCUCGGCCAACCGUCCCAGGACCAAUCCAUCUAUAAGCGCCUCCGACGACAAGUAUGGGUAGGGUCGUUAUUAGGCAUUCUCAUAGCGCUGAUCAUUGGGGGUGCCUUUAUCGGUGUCUUCUAUGGCCUGGGCCAUGAUCUGUGGGCCGAGUCCGAGGAUCUGUGGGAAGGCAUCUUCUAUCUCAUUGCCAGCAUCAUCAUCACCAUCAUGGGCUUGGCCAUCCUGCGCAUCAACAAGACCAAGGAGAAGUGGCGGGUCAAGAUUGCACAAGCCCUCGUGGCCAAGACCAAAUACACCGACACGGCGUCGAGGUUGGGCGAAUGGGGUCGACGAUAUGCCAUGUUCAUUCUGCCCUUCAUCACCACCCUCCGUGAGGGCCUCGAAGGCGUGGUCUUUGUCGGCGGCGUCUCGCUCGGGUUACCCGCGACCGCCUUCCCCAUCCCCGUUAUCACCGGUAUCCUCGCUGGCCUGCUCGUCGGCUGGCUUAUCUACCGCGGCGGCAACUAUAUGACCAUCCAGUACUUCCUGAUCGCCUCCACCUGCGUGCUCUACCUCAUUGCUGCCGGCAUGUUCUCCAAAGCCAUCUGGAGUCUGCAAUUCUACAAGUUCGCGCAGAAGGUUGGCGGUGAUGUUGCCGAGUCAGGUGAUGGUCCGGGAUCAUACAACAUUGACCAGACGGUGUGGCAUGUCAACUGCUGCAACCCGGAGCGAGACAACGGUUGGGAUGUCUUCAAUGCCAUCCUCGGCUGGCAAAACACUGCGACCUACGGCUCCGUCAUCUCCUACAAUGUCUACUGGAUCUUCAUCAUGGUGGCCAUCACCUGUAUGCUGUACGAGGAGCGCACGGGAGCCCUUCCUCUCGAGAAGCCCUUCCUCCGCUUCCUCGCCAAGAUUCCCGGCUUCAGAAGCUUCGCGACACGCCAUCUGACCAAACUAUCCGCGCCCAAGCAAGAUGCCGGACAAGUCGUCGCUCAGGUGCAGAGUCACACGUUCACUCAGGCCCUCCAGAGACCUUUGAGCACGAAGUAG